AUGGAUCAGAUCAAGAAGCGCAUGAAUGCCCUCCGUAUCGAGGCCGACGAGUCCGCAGGCAAGGUCGAGGAGUUGAGCGCCAAGGUCAAGACACUGGAGCAGGAGAACCUGUCCAAGGAGCAGGAAAUCACCUCACUCCAACACAAGAACAGCAUGCUCGAGCAGGAGGUGGAGAAGCUGGAGAAGAUGCACGGCGAGGCCAAGAAUGCCGCCGACGAAUCCGCCCAGCACGGCACGCAAAACGACGCCUUGACCCGCAAGCUGCAGCUGCUCGAGGAGGAGGCCGAGGAGAACGACAAGAACCUGCGCGAGACAAACGAAAAGCUUCGCCAAACGGACGUCAAGGCGGGCCACUACGAGCGCAAGGUGCAGGCUCUUGAAGCUGCCCGCGACCAGUGGGAGACCAAGUACGAGGAAAUGUCCAAGAAAUACGCCGAGACGAAGAAGGAGUUGGAUGACUUUGUCGCCGAGAUUGGUAACAUCUAG